CUUCAGGUUGGCGGAAUCGACAAAGUACCUCCUGCAAGGAGAGGGUGAGAAGACUGAGGAGGUGAUGCGUCUCAGCUAUGAACCAAGCUUUUUGGAAAACCUACAAGUCCAAAGUGCUACAGACCCUGAGUGGGGAAUCUGAGGAGGACCUGGCAGAGGAGAGGGAGAACCCAGCUUUAGUGGAGUCUGAGACAGCAGAACCUGCUGAGGAGGACUUCAGUCCCGUGUCACAGCUGGCCCGCAGGGUUCAGGGAGUCGGGGUGAAAGGCUGGCUGACAAUGUCAUCUCUGUUUAACAAAGAAGAUGAGGACAAGCUGCUGCCACCAGAGCCCUGUGCUGACCACCCCCUGGCGGCGCAGCCCACCUCGCAGGGGGGGGCCACCGAGGCAGAGCCGCGCGGCCCGGGAUUCUGGGAUGCGUUCGCCAGCAGGUGGCAUCAGCAGCAGACCGCGGCCGCGUCCAUGCUGCGGGGCGCCGAACCCACCCCGAAGGCGGACCCGGAGCCCCAGGACCAGGCCGGAGAGGAGGCCAACGAGCGCCCGGAGCCUCGGGAGGUGGACCCCGCGGCCGGCUUCAAGUGGGAUUUCCUCACCAACAAACUGGCCGAGAUGAGGGUGAAGGCCGUGCCCAAAGGUGACUAG